UUUACUCGGACAAGUACUCCAUAACCUUCAACAACUUCAUUUAAAUUGUUAGUGAGUGUUUAACUUUAGAGAGAAGCCCGUUUAAGAAGUUGACAGCGAGGUAGACAGCUGUGUUUACUUGGAGGAAGUAACAACUGAGAUGACGCCUCUGAUGUUUAAAGAUGCUUUCUGGGGGGCAGAUUUCACUUGUCACGCUGGGUAUGACGCUGUCAUCCAAAGGCUGCGAGAUGGAAGACAAAUGUGCAAAGACAUGGAGGAGCUUUUAAAAAUGAGGGCACUAGCAGAGGAGAAGUAUGGGAAGGAGCUGGUGACUAUUGCUCGCAAAGCUGCAGGACACACAGAGAUCAGCACCUUAAAAGCUUCCUUUGAACUACUUAAAACACAAAUUGAGAACAUCGGUAACUUUCACAUCCAGCUGUCUGAUAUAUUGAAAGAGGAGGUGAAAAAGAUUGAGACAUUCAGAGAGCGGCAGAAAGAGCAGAGGAAGAAGUUUCAAAGCAUCAUGGAGAAGGUUCAGAAGAAAAAGGUUUCUUUGUACAAGAGGACCAUGGAGUCUAAAAAGAACUACGAGCUGAGAUGCAGGGAGGCAGACGAGGCAGAACAGGGGGCUGAGAAGACUAAUGUUACAUCGAAAAACUCUGAAAAGGUACGCCACAGAGCCAAACAUUGCAGGCAGGGAGCCAGUGAAGCAGAAAAGUUGUACUUUACCAACAUUGUACAGCUAGAAAGUGUCCGUCAGGACUGGGAAGAAACACACAGAAGCACCUGUGAGGUGUUCCAGCAGAUGGAAGGAGAUCGCAUCAGCUUGCUCAGGUGUGCUAUUUGGGACCACUGCAAUCAUUUCUCAAUGCAGUGUGUGAAAGACGAUGAGUUGAAUGAGGAAGUGAGGAAGCUACUGGAACAGUGUGACAUCACCACGGACAACAACUUUUUCAUAGGGAUGAAAAGCACAGGAUCGAGGCCUCCAGACCCCAUAUUGUUUGAGAGCUUCUACCAGACUGAGACGUCCAGGGACAGCAACGGCCAGGCACAUUUUGCAGGUGGAGGAGAAGACAUGAUGAUGAGGCACUCUACCCUGCUCUCAAGUUCUUUUAACAUCAGUGUCAAUAGUCUUCAAAACUCUGCACUGACACCUUUUGGUGAGAUUGACAUUUCAGAUGAUGGAUACGCACCCCUACCAGGCCUUCAGCAAGCAGCACCACUGGCCACAGUGUCAACUGAUGAAGACAGCUACAUUGUACUUUAUGACUAUAAUGCACAGGAAGAAGAUGAAUUGUCGGUCAGUAGAGGGGACAUGGUGCAAGUGUUGGAACAAGGUGAAGAUGGCUGGUGGACAGCAGCAAGGAAUGGGCAGACUGGACUGCUGCCAGGAAACUAUCUGGGAAAAGUCUGAACACACAUA